AUGUUCAAUGAUCAAUCUGAACAAUUGUUUACAAGAGAACAAGUCGAACAAAUCAUUGAGGAAAUGUCAAGGAAGCUCAAUCUUGACAGAUCAAGUGAAGGUCCCAUAAACCUUCCAAACGAAAUCUUGGAAGAAGUGGAGAACGGCCCGUCCAUCAAUUUACAGAAGAACAUCAAAGAAUUUGUUAAGAACCUUCCAAAGUACGAAGGUAGUGAAUGGAUCAACAGUGAGAUCUUCAACAAAGAGCUCCACAGAGAACUUAAAAGGAAAACUGUGAAUGCCCUCCAAAGCACAAACGUAGUAUACAAGGGAGCUGAUUGA